ACUUGUCGAGGGUCCAGAACCAGAACCACAGCUUCGAAAGAGACACUCCUUAAGUGGACAACAGAGCUUUGAGAUGAGGCUGUGUGAACUGCAGUGUUAUUUGGCCCUGUUGGGUCUGUCUCUUGUGCUAUGUGGUCGCAGUGCGAACUCCCAGCUAGAACCGGAGAUGGACUUCCGCCAUCACAGACUUUUGCAGAGAGCGAGAGCUAUUGGACAGGCACAGGAAUGGACAAAGAAAGACGUCGAAGAGCUCCUUUCCCUGCUUUCCAUGCCCGAAAUGCAGAUGCGUGAGAGUGACCUGUCAACAACAGAUGAAAACGAGGAUCUGCGCGUGGAACUAGAGCGUUCCGCAGAGAGUUCAAACCACAUUCCCGCCCGGGAACGUAAAGCAGGAUGCAAAAACUUCUACUGGAAAGGCUUCACCUCCUGCUAAAGUUGCCAGUUAACAUCAUCUCAAAUCUGUUGCUAUCAUAAUCACUGUGAUCAAAUCACAAGCUUAUUGGUUCUAUCAGUCAACCGAUUGAUUGUAAGUUAAUAAAACACAAAUAAAGAAUAAAAAUAAAA